GCACUGUUGAGGAAUCACAUACUACAAAAAGUUGGCCGUUCAGUGAUUCCAGGUUUUCCGUGGCGGUCUAGUUUUAAUUGACUGAUGAAUUUAACUAUAGAAUAUGUAAGAUUUAAAUACAUAAUCAUUAAAUACUUAUGAAGAUAUGUCCAAAUGUUUAAUUCAUGUACAGUACAUUGUUCACAAUAGGAAAAAUGCUUGAAAGUAUAUGUUGACUGUUACUCAGGGAAGUUGAUGUAUCACAUAAACACAAAAGUGAUAAUUCUCAGCUCUACUAUUUUCCAUUGGCGAUUGGAUAUGAUUUUGUCUAACAUAACAAACAUUCACCUCAGUGGCAUUUAUCUUACUGUUACUCCCAAUGGAGCAUAGACCGCCAACCAGCAUUCUACAACCCAAGUACCAUCUAUCUAAGCUACAAAUAUUCUCUAGCAUUUUAUCCAAAUACUCCUUCAUAUUGAAAAUACUUUAUUUCUUCUUUUGUUCUUCUCUUUUAUUCAUUCAGAAACUGGUAUUUGAUGAUUUCAAGGAUCCUUUAAACAUCAAUCAAUCAAUAAUAAUAAUCUUACCAAAGUCAUUG